AUGCAUGCAGACACCGACUUGGACGACAAAGCUUGGUCCUCCUUCCGGAAGAUCAUGAACAAAACUCGCGCGGCUGGGAAGAGCGGCGAAGAUGUAGAGCUUAGCCUUCCAGUUCAACGCCCUGAAGGCUGGGGACAGUUCCGCCCCGUGAGCGUCGUUGCGGCCAAGAUGUCUGGAAAGUUGAAUGCGGAGCUUGCCAACGGCCGCCUCGCACUCCUCUCUGCCUCCCGGGAACUGCACCUUGAAACGCACGCGAAGCCAACAGAGGAGGAGAUCCAGGCCGCGCGCGAGGCGAGGAAGAAGUUCGACUUGAAAGAGCUUCCUAGCGACGACGGCUACGGCUGGGACCCAGAUCAGAUCGACGCAGAAAAGCCGUUCGAACCAUCCGAGGUGGAGGUUGGCAUCACACCGCCCCUUGGCUACUUCGACCCCUUGGGCUUCUCAAAGGUGGGUGACGCAGAAGGGUUCCGCUUCAGGCGAGCAGCAGAAAUCAAACACGGACGAGUGGCAAUGAUGGCCUCUGUGGGCCUUGUCAUCACUCACUGGGUGCGGCUUCCAGGCUAUGAACUCGCCGGGAAUUCUUGGUCCAGCCAGUUCGACACCAUCGUUACGCUCCCUGCGCUCUACUUCUUCAGCGUCAUGAUGGUCAUCAUCUUGUGGCUAGAGCUUAGCUUCUGGGCGCAGGAGGAUGACAGGCAGCCAGGCGACUUCGGUGACCCGUUGGGUCUGGGCAUGUACAGCACCGAAAUGCGCAACCGCGAAAUCAACAACGGCCGCUUCGCGAUGUUUGCCACGACGGGCAUCGUGCUGGCCCAGACCGUCUCCGGGAAGGACGCUAUUGAACAACUGGGGCUUUGA